AUGGUGCCCCUUGCGUGGCUUGUGGCCCUGAUCUGGCUGGCACGGGCCGACGACAAGGCAGCAAAGGCCACCUUGCGCGGGUCCCAGAAACCGGAGCCAGACUUUGAGAAGUGUGGCGUGCCUGGGAGUGUCGGAAAAGGCCGGGACGUCCCUCAUGCAACGACCAAGAUCGUUCACGGCCGGGACGCAGGGCAGUGUGUUUGGAGGUGGCAGGUGAGCAUUGGCGAUGCCAGCGUGGGCCAGUUCUGUGGCGGAACGCUGAUCGCGCCACGUUGGGUGUUGACAGCGGCGCACUGCAUCUCCGACAUCCGCAGUGCCUGCAAAGUGCGUACUUUGAAGAUCGGAGCCGGCACUUGGAAGCGUGAUUUCCAGGUGGAGGUGGAUGCUGGCAUGGGCGUCGAGCGCUUUGUGAAAAAGAUCUUCCGGCAUCCGAUGUACGAACAGAACGUCGCGAACGACUACGACUUCGCUUUGCUGCACCUUGACAAGGCGGUUCCGCUGAAUGAGUGCAUUGGAACGGCCUGCUUGCCCACGGCGGAGGGCGAGGGGGGGACGGAGUGUCGCAUCACAGGCUGGGGCACCCUUCGCACCUCCGGGCCCACCCCGGACGUGCUGCAGGAGGCGCCUGUCUCUCUCCUCAGCAGCAAGGUGUGCGAGACAAACUACUCCAAGACGAAGGACGUAAUCACUGGGUCCAUGCUCUGCGCGUCCGGCCGCACCGACGGUGGUGUCACAGAUACGUGCCAAGGCGACAGCGGAGGACCGCUGGUGUGCGAAGAAGAAGGCCGCUUUGUGCUCCGGGGAGUCACGUCCUGGGGUCAGGGCUGCGCAUAUCCCAACUUUCCCGGCGUCUACGGCCGCGUGCACAGUGUCAUGUCCUGGAUCCGGGAUGUCAUGUCGGACAAAGUGGAGAAGGCUUACGUAGACGACGAGGACCCAGACAUCUCACAUAUCAAUUUCCAGGGUGCCAUGUGGUACGUGGUCAGCGGCCCAUGUCGUGUAGAUGCGGAGAAGUGCCUCACGAGUCCUGGGUAUCCCGGUGCCUAUGGCCAUGCCCAGUCCUGCAAAAUUGCGGUGGACCCUUCUGCAGCAAAGCCCAUACGGGUGGAUAGCUUCGCCACAGAGGAGUACUACGAUGUGCUCCAGAUCAACUGCCGGACAUUCUCCGGUACCCUGGGGCCUAACGGGACCCUGCCGCAGUCGACGAUCGUUUGGUCUUCCGACGAGACGAAUACGGGCAGUGGCUGGCGGCUGUGUCCGGAGACGUAA